CCUGCUUUGAGUGUGGGGGACUGGACUAGAAGACCUCUCAAUGUCCCUUUCAGUCCUACGGUUCUGUAUUUUAUUAAUUGUGACUAUGCCUUACCUCCCUCUUCCAGCAGCUGAAGAGACAUUUUGGAAUGAAAAUUUCUCAUCCCUCUACAUUCUAUAUAUUUCUCUUUAAAGAAAAAUCUAAACAGUAAAUUUCUACUUUUUAAAAAUGUAAAUCGUUUUAUGUAGGAAGACUACAGCAAGAUUGAUUAGGUUAGGGAAGUAGCAGAAGUUCCACUGCUUGAGAAAUUGAAAACUAUAUUGUAUAAUGCAUCAGUAAAUAUACUGUAAGAACCAAUCCUGAACAGGUAGGAAGAUGCACUGGAUGACCAAAUACAUCUUUUCCAUUCUGAAAAAAAUACACUUUUAAAAAUAUUGAAAAUUCAAAAUUGUAUGAAAAUAUUGAAAGAAAACAUUCAAUUAUUAUAAAAAUUUGCUCAUUUUUACUCUCAGUGGAUAUAGAAAGUUAGCAACAGAUUCAGAUUGGAGGCUUUCUUUAGAAAUUUUUGGUAAGGAAAAGGUUUGUAUAGAAUUAAUUUUUGCCAUUUUAUAGAAAGCCAGUAUGUGAUGCACAAAGAAAAAGCAUUACAUUUUUUCUCAUGCUUUUAAUCAUGUGGGUUUUUGUUUGUUUUUCAAAGCAGAUGCAGAACACAAGGAGCGAUGCCAGAAGAAUUAGCUUGAUUCCUUCAGAUUUAUAUAUGACAAGUUUGUAAGAUUUUCUACAUUGCUUUCUCAUUUUUUAAGGUGAAGAAGAUUCUGCUAUCAAGAAAACUUGCUUGUUAUGCAAAAUAAGAUACCUGUCUCUUCCAUAAUUGAGAGUCAUCAUAAUCAGAGAUGGAAAUGGUAUGACACAGGCUUUGAAUCAUUUGACUUUGAAGGCCUUCAUGGUUGGGAACAGAACUGGGACACUUGGGUCUGUGCAGCCCCAUGUUAUAAUGCCAUCCUUGCCUAAUGAAGGAGAUAACCAAGGAACCUCUUGUCUGACCUUGAGUUCAGAACUGCCUUACCAAAGCACAAUUAAAAGAAAAGUCAGAAAGAAGAAAAAGAAUGGAAUCAUCACUGCAAACGUUGCUGGCACAAAAUAUGAAAUUGUUCGUUUAGUAAUAGAUGAGCUGGGGUUUGUGAAGACAAGAGACGAAGAUGAGACUGCUAAUCUCAUAUGGAGUGAUUCUGCUGUGCAACAAGACAAGAUUGCUGAGCUCCGAAACUACCAGAGAAUCAACCAUUUUCCAGGAAUGGGAGAGAUCUGUAGGAAGGAUUUCUUAGCAAGAAACAUGACCAAAAUGAUCAAGUCUCAGCCUCAGGAGUAUAGUUUUAUUCCUCGAACAUGGAUCUUCCCUGCAGAAUAUAUGCAAUUUCAGAAUUAUGUAAAGGAACUGAAGAAGAAGCGAAGACAGAAAACUUUUAUAGUCAAACCAGCUAAUGGUGCAAUGGGGCAUGGAAUCUCUCUGAUAAGAAAUGGAGAAAAACUACAAGCUCAGGAUCACUUGAUUGUUCAGGAAUAUCUUGACAAACCAUUUCUUAUGGAAGGUUACAAGUUUGAUUUACGAGUGUAUAUUCUGGUAACAUCCUGUGAUCCAUUAAAAAUAUUUUUAUAUCAUGAUGGACUUGUGAGAAUGGGCACAGAGAAGUACCAUCCUCCCAGUGACUCUAAUUUGAGCCAGUUGUAUAUGCAUCUAACCAACUACUCUGUGAAUAAACAUAAUGAGCACUUUGAACGGGAUGAAACAGAAGAUAAAGGCAGUAAACGGUCCAUAAAAUGGUUUACUGAGUUUCUACAAACAAAUCAUCUUGAUGUUUCCAAAUUCUGGAGUGAUAUUUCAGAACUAGUGGUGAAGACUCUCAUAGUAGCAGAGCCACAUGUCCUUCAUGCUUAUCGUAUGUGCAGACCAGGCCAAGCUCCUGGAAGUGACAGUGUCUGCUUUGAAGUACUGGGAUUUGAUAUUCUGCUGGACAGAAAACUAAAACCCUGGCUCCUGGAGAUUAAUCGAGCCCCGAGCUUCGGAACUGACCAAAAAAUAGACUAUGAUGUAAAAAAAGGUGUUCUACUAAAUGCACUAAAGCUUCUCAACAUAAGGACAAGUGAUAAAAGGAGAAACUUAGCCCAACAAAAAGCUGAGGCUCAAAAGAGACUUUAUGGUCAAGGCUCAAUGAAAAGACUGUCACCAGGAUCCUCUGACUGGGAAAAACAGCGCCACACGCUAGAGAGGAGAAGAGAAGAACUGAAAGAAAGACUUGCGCAAGUUCGUAAACAGAUUUCCAAAGAAGAGCAUGAAAACAGACAUAUGGGGAACUACAGGCGAAUUUACCCUCCUGAUGAUAAGCUGCUACUUGAAAAAUAUGAGAGUUUGUUAGCCAUUGCUUUCCAGACAUUCCUUGCUGGGAGAGCAGCUUCACUUCAGCGGGAGUUGAAUAACCCUUUGAAAAGAAUGAAGGAGGAAGACAUUUUGGAUCUUCUGGAGCAAUGUGAACUAGAUGAUGAUAAACUGAUGGGAAAAUCCACCAGGCAACGAGGACCCAAGCCCCUGUCUUCUAUGCCAGAAAGUGCACAGACUUUAAAAAAACAGAGGAACUACAGUAGUGAGAAUAGCUGUGACAGCAGCAGCAACACAUCAGAAUGGGAGGAGGAAACUGAAAAGGAAGAUCACAAUGAGAAAAAAGAGAUGAAAGUGUCAUAUGAGCUUGAAGAAAACAAGUAUAAAUUAUUAGAGCGAUCCAGCAGAUUACACUGGAAACCUUUAAUUAAAAAUAUAAAAACUCCAUCAUAUUCACCCUCCACAUCAUCCACAGGUCCUAUAAGGCGUUCUGUAAGCUGUCCUCGUUCAAUAUCAAUCUUCGCCAUGCAGUCACAAGCCGCUGAGCAACGUCCCUUUUCAGCCAAACCUGCAGUGCAAAUGCCACGUCCAUCGUCAAUGAAUAGGUCCCAUUCUUUAAAUCGUAAUUCAUCUUCAGUCAGAAUGUGUAAUACUGCCAGUCUUGGCACAGUGCACUCUUCAGGGAGAACAAAAGAGCAAGAAGAGGCAUUGACAAGAGAGACACUGUUCAUUUUCAAUGAUAUGAGAAUCAAGUUCCCAGGAAAAACAGAUGAAGAGGCAGAAUUAAUUAUAGAAAAUAUUAUGGAUAACUGGAAAUACCAUAAAACAAAUGUGGCUUCAUACUGGCUGAUAAAACUGGACUCUGUUAAGCAACGAAAAGUUUUGGACAUAGUGAGGACAAGUGUUCGUGCUGUUCUGCAACGUGUCUGGAGGGUUUCUGACGUUGAAUGUUUACAUUUAUACCGUAUUUUUAACCGUGUGUUUAAUCGCUUACUCUGGAGCCAUGGCCAAGGCUUGUGGAACUGUUUCUGUAAUUCAGGAAGUUCUUGGGAGACCACAUUCAGUAAAAGGACAGAGCUGAUGACUCCUGAACAACUCCAGUGUUGUCAACGAAUAGUACAGCUUUGUAAACACUGCCUGCUGGUGGCUUACAAAUAUUCAGCAGAUUCAAGAGGAUCUCUUACUGGAAUUAGCCCUGACUGGGAUGAUACAAGGUAUUUGCUGCCAGGACCUUCACAGCUCAUCAUGCAAACAUCCUUCAACUUUAUCUGCACUUCAUCUGGAAUGCCUCGCUCUAACAUUUUGUUUACACGCAGGUAUAGCCACUUGUGAAACAAAGGGAAAGGUGCCAUGCUUGAUAAAUAAUGACAUUCCGUUUUUUCCGCUUUAAAUUUGUGAGGGAGCUGAAUAUAAGCGCUGUUAUAUAUUUGCCACAGUACAUAAAAUAAAAUUUAGCUGAAAUCCUACUGUAAAAGCAUACACUUUCUGGAAAUGUAAUAAACCUUGUUAAGUUGUUUACACAAAUAUGUGAAUGUUUAGAUCUUGCUAGGUUUAUAAAUAAUUCCUUCCUACUAGAAAUGUUAUUUUUGCUGCAAUAUAUAAAAUGGAAUUAAUCUUGGAGAUCCUAUUACAGUGUUAAAUUUAGGUAUAAUAUCUUUUAACUUGAAAUAUAUUUAUUGUAAAUCAUACUGCUUAUUGUCUCCUAGAUGAUAAAAAGCCUGUUGUAGAACAGUAAUAGUAAUUAAAUAUAAGUAGUCUGAUCUUUUCUAUAGCAUAUUUUAAAAUAUUAUAAGCAAGAUCUAAUAUACAGACGUAUUUGUAUUUCUCCUAUGAAAUUACAAGGUGUGUGUAAUAAUGUUGUUUUUCAGUAAGGACAUAAAGUAUCUUUUAGUCUAAAUGAAGACAAUCCAGAGGGUAAAUAUUCAAAUAUACCAGUUCUGGCAAAUAGCUUCUCGUUGGAUCCUUGUAAUAAAACAGAAGGUAACGGUUACUGUCAGAUCUUCCUUCAACCUUCUUGUGUCUUGUGCCUUUCAGUUUCAAUUGGGAUGAAGUAGUAACCUACAGCUCAUAAAAGAGCUAUGCAUAUUUUCUUCUGUUCUGCUGCACAAGUGAUGAAGCAGACAUUUUUCAGAAUUACUGCAGUGCCACAGUACCCUCUUUAAACUUUAAAAUAGUACUGUUUGGUUUGGUUUUCACUGUAGGGUGCAUUAUAUAUUGUAGAAUGUAUACUCUAAUGGACAGUAUUUUCUAGACUUGCUGAAAUCCUAAGAAAAUGGUUGAAGAUACAGUUAAUUAGAUUUCUAUUACUCAAAUUCAGCUUUGCAGACCUGGCUGAGUGACACAAUAAGAGUUUGAUAUCGCCAUGUGCCAGAUCCUGAAGGCAGAGGUGAUCUGAAGUGUGAUCUAGAAACAUAAUUUUAAGAGUCUCUCAAUAUCCACGUUUGUCCAGUUAAUCCCUGUACAUCAGAGGUCCCCAAACUGUGGGGCGUGCUUCCCGAGGGUGGGACACCAAGGAACAUUCAGAGGGGUGUGUGGCAGACUGGGCCAGCUCCCACAGGGGGUCGGGAGGGAGGGUCACUGAGCCCCGUGCACAACUGUGCUCCAGCCGCAGCUCCAGCUCCCAUCUACAGCCUUGGCACGGCUCUGCAUCUGGUUGCAGGCUUGGCUUUGAGCCCCCACUGUGGCCUGGCUAUUGCCCUGCUCCCAGUCCUGCCCGACCUCGGCCCCUGGCCCCAUCCUCAGGCCCAGACCCAUCCCCCAGCUGCAGCUGCAUCCUCAGCCACAUACCCCUGUCCGUGUCCCCUCCCUUAGCUGUGGCUCCGUUCCUGGCCAUGGUUCCAGGGGGGUGCAGACAGAGAGAAGGGGGCAUGACCCAGAAAUGUUUGGGGACCACUGCUGUACAUGUACAUCCUAAGAAGUAAUUUAAAAAAAUUAAUCCAGUUUGUAACCAAUUAACUGCCUUGUUCCUGUUUGUUGUCAAAUGACUGUUCACUCACUGGUUAAAGUGGUUUUACAAAUUUCUCUUGUAGUUAUUUUCCAGAAACAAUGCAAUAAAUAGGGUGGUAGCCUAAUGGCCCUUCUACCAGAGCAUUACAUGCCUUUUCCUACUCACCGACUGGGGACAUUAACAUUUCUCUGGGAUGGAUUUUUGAAACCUUGGCCAGAGCCUACCAAAUAGGGAAUUUUGACACCUAUGCUUUUGCCUGUCCAAGUUCCAUACCUGUAGGAUGACCAUUCAUAAUAGCAUGACAGUUCCCUAGAUACGUUUUUUAAAAUGUACUAUGCUUUUGAAAUUUGACUCCAAGGCUGAUCAGAUUCAGGCAGUCUGCUAGAAUUUCUUCCUUUUUCAUGUUAAUGCUGGUUUACUCACCCAGCAUGCUACCAUCAGUCCACUUGAUGUAUCGCUGUGGGCUAUACAGUGGUGGCAGCUGAUAAUGCAAAUUACAUGUGAUUACCUGUAAAACCUAACAAAAUCUGUAAAUCUGUCCCUCCAGGGAGUGCUAAUGUACAGUGGUCUCCACAGUAUUCUGCUUUUGGCCUUGGGGAAGAUUUGGAUCAGUGUCCAAAGGUGCUGAGCAAGGAGACUGGGCUAAUUCUGCCAGCAGUAGAAUUUUUAAAAGUAGGGCAUUAAGUACAGAUACGCAAACUAGGUAGAACUAGGGAGAUCAAGGAUAUGUAUACACAGAAGUAUCAAGUGAUUGGUUUAAGUUUUCAAAAAUGGUUUUAGUUUUUAGCAGAUGUUAUUUCAUGGUGUUCUUAUUUCUGAUGAGCCAUGCUGGAGUGGUUUUAAUAGUUAUUAAAUCAAUAUUUCAGUAUAAUAAUCCUAAAUGCUUUUAAUCUCUUCCACGUGUACGGGCUGUCUACUGUAUAGUUAAAGGGGACUGUGUCAGGGGACAGUUACAAUCAGGCUCUAUACAAUAGUAUAAACCAACUCACCAGCCAGUGUAUCAAAUAACAGGUUUCAGAGUAGCAGCCAUGUUAGUCGGUAUCCGCAAAAAGAACAGGAGUACUUGUGUCACGUUAGAGACUAACAAAUUUAUUUCAGUGUAUCAAAUAAAGGUCCCAACAGCAGCAAAAUUUCAGUUCCUUUCUUCAAGGGUAGGGUUACAAGUCAAAACCAAGACCAUCUAACUUAAAUCAAACCAGUAAACCACAUCAUGCUGCUUAGCUCAUUUCAAAGUCCUUUCCCUUCACCCAGGGCCUCCUGCAGAUCUCUCUGUAACUGAGCUGCUUUCUGAUCUUUUACCUGAGGAGGAGGUAAUCUGCAGGCUAUCACCUGAUUCCUGACCUCAAACCCAUCCCCUGAUAGGCGGCUAAUUAAUCAUAGGUGGAGCUAAGCCUAUCCCUCUUAAAGGGCCAUCCCAACCUGUGAGCAGGACCACAACUAUAUUUCCAAAUUGUAUUAGAGUCUUAGACGUGUUUUAACCAAAAGAGGGGGAGACAUGGUUGUAAUUGCACUAGAGAUAGGCCGUACAUGUACAACGAAUGACUAAAAUAAGACUAGUUGUAUAUAACUUAUAAUAAGUUAUCACAAAGAAAAUACCAAAUUAUAUAAAAAUAAGAUUUUGCAUAGCUUUAGCACAUGAAUGCUAUAUAUUUUAGAUUAAUACAAUGUUUCCAAGCCUGUGGAUAGACCUCCACUAUAGCCCUUAGGGAGGAUUAGGAAGGGAAUCAUUGGAGGCAGGGAAAACUGCAUUAGCCUGGACCUAUUCUAACCAGCAUUGAAACUCGGAACAGAUAAUGAACAGGAAAAGCCCACAUUUUCCUUCUAAAUAAAAGUGCUCAUUUUGCUCAGCCCACUGUGUAAGAGGGUUCGCAGAAUAAGAUAGGCUAAUCACCACAAAUAAACUGCAGAUUUCAUAUUUGGAAAGUCCUGGAGACAACCACCUUGCUAAAACAAUAUUAGUCCCUUGGUGAGGGACAGACUAAGCCUUUUGCUUUAGUAACUUUACAAUCUUGAAAAACUGCUGAUAUUUAGACAAAAGAACACAUUUUACAAGAGACUUUUGAUUAUCAUUAAAUCAUUAUUAAAGUGCAUUUCCCAACAGUCCUGUUUUUUUUGCUUUGUCCCCUGU